CUUUCAUGUGAACGCGCACUCAGCCGGACAGAGAAACCCUGGCUAGAGUUACCGAGUUGAUAACCAGAGUCGUAGCACCGCUUAGCAAGAUCGCGUUUGUUUUAAGGGUUAUUUUUUUUCUGUCUCCUCAAGUUCUACCGGGUCCAGCCACGUUAAAGGCCAGCUCCAUCCUGAGCACCAAACCUCCCAUCCAGCCCAGACCGGUGUGUGUUUCCAGCCUCCCCGUCACCCAGCCCCCCGCAGCCCCCAAGGCCCUCAUCCUGCAGGGCCUCCCCUCCAUGGACCAGAACAGACCUGUCGUCUUGUCUCAGUCUGUCUGCCUCGGUUCCACCCCGGCCAUCGUCAAAAUGGAGCCUGUGUCCCCCGGCAUCCAGCAGCACUGCCCAAGCCCCACAGCCCUGCCCUGCAGCAAACCCAUAGUUCCGGCAACGACAACGUUACCUGGCAACAACUGCAUGGAUAUCGAUGUGAGUUGUCUGGAUAUUUCAUUGAAUCUCAACAAGAAACCUGCCUGUAUUCAAAUGAAGGUGCUGAAGCGGCAGCAGAGGAUGAUAAAGAACCGGGAGUCUGCGUGCCAGUCGAGGAAGAAGAAGAAGGAGUACCUGCAGACCCUGGAGGCUCAACUGAGGGAGGCCCAGCAGGAGAACGAGCGUCUGCGCAGAGAGAACCAGGCGCUGAGGGAGAGGCUGGCCGGGAAGGAGGGCAGUGACUCAGCGAGCAACAAGCGAGCCGUGUGUGUGAUGGCCGUCCUGCUCUUCAUGACCUUCAGCUUCGGACCCGUCAGGUAUCCUGCAAACUUUAUCUAGCA